CGGUAAGACGGAGAGCUUCGGUGGCAACAUUAAAGGUCGUUUGUCAACACUCUCCUCGGAGGGGGGCCCGCCCGUCAUCACAACACAUUGUGUUGUGUUYGGGGUCCUUCAGCACUGACCCAUAAAAACUAGACGUUGAGAUGAAGAAGAAGCAGAGCACCAUGCAGCGCCCCAAACGUGGGAGUCGGGCCGGCGCUGGGGACGCUGCUCUCAGAUCCGACGUCUCAGCAAACUCAGAACCAGUCCAAGAGUGCCCCUCGCACCUCAGGAGCCUGACCAUGUCGCAGCACAGUCACAACCUCCUCGUGUUUCUGAACGAGGACCGGACCCGGCAGAAGUUCUGCGACGUGUCCGUGUCGGUGGGAGGGAAGGUUUACAGAGCCCACAAGGCGGUGCUGGCUCACGGCAGCAGCUACUUCCACGCUGAGCUGUCCAAGAGCCCCGCUACGACGACACACGUGACUCUGGACCACGUGGAGGACUCGGUCUUCCAGCACCUGCUGGGCUUUCUGUACACGGCUGAGUGCGUCGUCUCCGAGACGGAGCUCCCAGCUCUAGCAGAAGCAGCCCGGUUCUUAGACAUGAUGGACAUUUUAAAGUUAUUGUGUGAGGAUCGGGGGGCCAGCCCUGUGCAAGCUGAGAAGAGGGGGGCAGAGGUUCRCUCCAGUGACUCUGCAGGGGCUGACGCAGAGAGCCAGAGUCCCUGUGGGGCUAAACACAACCUGGUCACGACCCACGCCUCAGCUGAGAGUACUGAUCCAUGGGAGGAGGUUUCUACUGAUGGGGGGGAGACGGUGACGGGUCAGAGMGSCKCUCUGACCCGGAGAUCAGCUCGSACAAGGAGAACACCUACUAAARACAAGAGGGGUGAUUUAAAGCGGGAACAACAAAGAACUCCGCCCCCACAAGAUCAAAACCAAAARGAGCAGGCUACAGCUGACGAUAACGAGACCUCCAGACCUGCUCAGGGGGAUGACGUGAUGGAGGAGGACGUGGAGGAAGACGAGCGAGUCGAUACGAGCGCCACUCAGAAUAUACCCGUUGAGGUCUCGGGAGCAGACGGGAGCCCAGCGAAGGAAGAUUCACUUCCUGAAACGACAGAGCGAGAGCUGGAAGUCCACGUACCGGCUGCAGGAAGCUCCAACCAGAGUCCAGUGUACCCCGAGGGUCUGGCUCCGGUCAUCAUCCACACCUCCAGCAAGAAGACCCUCAAGUGUCCCAAAUGUGACAAGACCUUUGACCGUGCAGGGAAAUAUGAAAGCCACACCAGAGUCCACACAGGAGAGAAACCCUUCCAGUGUGACAUCUGUCUCCAGUACUACUCCACCAAGUCCAACCUGACCGUGCACAAGAAGAAGCACGCCAGCGACGCUCCCCUGCAGAAGAAGGAGCACAAGUGUCCCUUCUGCAACAAACUCCAUGCCAGUAAAAAAACUCUGGCCAAGCAUGUCAAAAGGUUCCAUCCAGAACACACCCAAGAAUUUUUGGCCGCAAGAAAAAAGAAGAGCGAAGGCUGGAAGUGUGCCAUUUGUUCAAAGARGUUCAGCCGCAGGCCUCACCUGCAGGAGCACAUGAUCCUUCACACCCAGGACCGACCUUUUAAAUGCUCCUUCUGUGAGGAAUGCUUCAGGUCCAGGUUUGCACGGCUCAAACACCAAGAGAAGUAUCACUUGGGUCCGUUCCCCUGUGAAAUCUGUGGACGUCAGUUUAAUGACACGGGCAACAAAAAGAGGCACAUUGAGUGCACACAUGGAGGCAAAAGGAAAUGGUCCUGCUUUGUUUGUGGGAAAUCAGUAAGAGAACGGACAACGUUAAGGGAGCACCUGAGGAUCCACAGCGGGGAGAAGCCUCACCUCUGCAGCAUUUGUGGUCAAAGUUUUCGCCACAGCAGCUCAUACAGGCUUCACCUCAGAGUUCACCACGAUGAUAAGCGUUAUGAAUGUGACGAAUGUGGAAAAACCUUCAUCCGCCAUGAUCACCUGACCAAACAUCAGAAGAUACACUCUGGUGAGAAGGCUCAUCAGUGUGAAGAAUGUGGGAAGUGCUUCAGGCGCCAUGAUCAUCUGACUGUUCAUUACAAAAGUGUUCAUCUAGGAGAAAAAGUUUGGCAGAAGUGAGAAACCCCACAAAUGUCCGGAGUGCRAUCAGACGUUUCGGAUCAAGAAGACCCUAACAAAGCACAUGGUGAUUCAUUCGGACGCUCGGCCUUUUAACUGUACGGACUGCAACGCCACCUUUAAAAGGAAAGACAAACUCAAGUACCAUGUGGAUCACGUGCACGGCGCUCGGUUUAUACCGCCGCUCGACAGCGAAGACGAAAUAAGUUCCGUUCCUAAUACCUCAGAACCUAAAUCAGCCCCACGGACCACCUCAGGUCCAACAAACAUCUGUGUACCCGUCACUUUGGUCCAGGUCCCCAUGUCAGGAGGAGCACAGGGGGUCUUGCACUCCCACAGGACGGCGUCUCACUCCUCUCAGACUCACGGUGUUAACAUUCAGUCUCAAGGACAGCAGCAGACCUCAGGCUACCAAGCUCCAACAGACCUGGCUUUCCUGGAGAAAUACACCCUGACCCCUCAGCAAGCCAACAUCGUCCACCCUGUGAGGGCCGAUCAGAUCCUGGACCCUCGAGAACAGUCCUACCUGGGUACACUGCUGGGACUGGACUCCUCAAUCCAAACCAUCACCAUCUCUGAUCAAACUCACUGAUUGACUUUAGGAAGAACUUUAUACCUCCUCUAAAAAGAAAAACUAAAAAAAAAAACCUGCAGGUUGAACAAAAAUCACAACAAGUGACCAGUGUUGAGGUACUUGAGACCGGUCAGACCACUUUUUAAUGGUCUCGACCUUGUUCUUGGACAUAGAGGACUCUGGAAUUUAUCACAACUGUGGAAACAUCGCUAAGUUGUCAGAAUAUUUUCCAAUUUAUUUGUUAACAUCUUUGUUUUAAUUGGAUGUAAAACAUACUGAUUCAAAUCCAACCAUAAAUCAUU